AUGGAAAAUAAACAUGUGAAAUAUCUUAGGGACAACUCAGAUUACACCAAUAAAACAGUUUAUAUUUGGCAAAGAAAACAAAGGUCAUUUAAUAGACGUAGAUCACAAAUGAAUACUACAAACAAUGACACCAGUAAAAAUAAAAAUACUAAUAAGAAUAAAAAACAGAAUAGCAACAGGGCUCACUAUGCACGCAGAGGUAGCAACAGUGGAAAGACAGUAUCCUUCACAUAUAGUGAAAGAGACUAUUCUUCAGAUGACAAAUCCUCGGAGAAUGAGGAUACUUCUAAUAUACAAACAGGAAUCCCUAAGAACGGUACACAUCAACAUACUGAUGAGACACCACAGAUAGUAAGACCCAAGGAAAAUAUGGAGUCUAAAAGAUAUAUUCCUACUUAUACAGCGACAAAUAUAACUAAUGUCUCAGUAUUAGAUCAGGUUUUUUUCCAUUGGAUCCAGGUCUCCCAGAACCCAAUAUACAAAUGGCACAGGGGCAGAACAGAUACCAACUUUGGGGGGCCAGGACAAACUCCAAAUACAAAAAACCAACAGUGGCAAGACACUUACAGUUGGGUAACAGUGGAUGCAGUGUCCCUCUACUCAUCUAUACCUCAUGAGGAGGAAGUAAAUGUGCUGUGUACACAAAGCUUAUUUACUGUUUUGGGUGAACUAAGGCCAUGUGGAAAGAAAGAAACAGAAACAUGCUUGGUGGGAGUAACGGUUAUCCUAAAUGACGAUGAAACUAUAAUUGAGUUGAACCCUUCAGGGGAUGUAUACGUAAAUUUUAUAUACACUCAGCUGCCAAUAUCUGCAGCUAAUUUUACUAUCUUCAAACCAUCUCCUUUAUAUAUUGUUCUGAACACAAACUUUGGACUCCAGAUUAUAAGUCAGAUCAUACCCAUAAUGCAGUUGUAUGUGGUUCUGGAACCAUCUUAUUCGUCCCAGACAUGUGGACUCUGUGGAAACUACAACAACAGGCAAUCAGAUGAAUUCAAAAUCAUCAGUGGGAUUGUAGAGGGUACUGCAGUCUCUUUUAUUAAUACCUGGAAAACAGAAGCAAAUUGUCCAAGUGUUAACAUUGUCUUUGAUCAUCCAUGUUCAAUAAGUGUGGAAAGUGAGGUAUACGCUAAACAUUGGUGUGGUCUUCUUCUUGAUCCUGAUGAUGUAUUCGCUGCAUGUCACAUUCUUGUAAAUCCAAACAUUUACUAUCAGGUUGCUGCCAGUCAUAUUCUUCCUUCCUUUGUUGUUCUGUGCGGUGGUAAUUUCCCUUGUGUUGCAUAUAGUUGCUACUACCUGGUUCAUAUUGAUAAUCAUUACCUUUAUGACCUUGCCUUAAGUCUCUCUCAUUAUUAUGCAAUAUGUACUGCUCCAAUGGUCUUUGUUGAUUGCAGCAAAUCUGAACCAGGUGCCAAUGGAGCUGAAUGCUUUAAAAGUUGUCAAACUCUGGAUUUGCAGUGUUACAGCACAAGAUGCAAAUCUGGCUGUGUAUGCCCUCCUGGACUUGUUUCUGAUGAAAACGGUGGCUGCAUCGAUCCUAUCAAUUGUCCAUGCAUUCACAAUGAGGCCAUUUAUAAUACAGGCGACGAGAUCAAAAUUAGAUGUAACACUUGUGUUUGCAAGGAUAGAAUGUGGAAAUGUACCAACAAUACUUGUCUCUCAACCUGUACUGUUUAUGGAGAUGGACACUAUAUUACAUUUGAUGGGAAACGUUACAGCUUUAAUGGAGACUGUCAAUAUACUCUGGCAGAGGAUUACUGCAACCUGAAUUCCAGUGAAAGCAACUUUAGGAUUAUCACGGAGAACAUUGCAUGUGGUACAGCAGGAACCACCUGCUCCAAAUCUAUAAGGAUCUUUCUAGGGACCUUUGAGCUUAUCCUUGCUGACGAUCAUCUAAAUGUAAUAAAAAGAGGCUUCGGAGUGCCUGUUCCAUACAGGGUCCGUUUAAUGGGUAUUUAUUUGGUGAUAGAGACUAAGAGUGGAUUGCUGCUGUUGUGGGAUAAGAAAACCAGCAUAUUUAUCAAAGUAUCCAGUGAAUAUAAGGGGAAACUUUGCGGACUCUGUGGUAACUAUGAUGGAAAUAGAAAUAAUGAUUUUACUACCCGAGGCAAUGCGGUUGUAGCAAGCACUGAUGAAUUUGGAAACAGCUGGAAAAUGUCUACAAACUGCCCAGAUGCAAAAGACACCAAGGAUCCCUGUAUCAUUAACCCCUACAGACAAUCAUGGGCACAAAAACAAUGCAGUAUUAUCAAUAGCAAUGUAUUCUCUGCUUGCCACCCAUACGUGGAUCCAUUGAAAUAUUAUGAGGCCUGUGUUUCCGACUCUUGUGCUUGUAACACUGGAGGAGACUGUGAAUGUUUUUGCACCGCUGUUGCUGCUUAUGCUCUGGCCUGUGGAGAUUUGGGUAUUUGUAUUUCAUGGAGGACACCAGUCAUCUGUCCUUUAUUCUGUGAUUACUACAACCGGGAUGGAAAUUGUGAGUGGCACUAUAAAGCUUGUGGAUCCCACUGUAUGAAGACCUGUAGGAAUCCCAUGGGGAAAUGCUCUUAUGAGAUAAGAGGUUUAGAAGGGUGUUACCCAAAAUGCCCAGAGGAUAAGCCCUUUUUUGAUGAGGAUGAAAUGGAAUGUGUAUCAGUAUGUGGCUGCUAUGAUGGAGACAGGAAGCACUAUAAACUGGGUGCCAUAGUCCCUACAAAUGAAAACUGCACAGUCUGGUAA